UUUCCCAAACCAUUAGCCCCAAACCCAGAGAGCAAAAGCAUAAAAAGAGGUUUUUUUCUCUCCGAUACUUGAGAGAGUGAGAUAAAGAGAGACAUCGAGAAUCCUUUUUAUUUGUAGAAUCGCAAUUGUGGGAGCUCGAGAGAAAGAAUCGCGAUUCUGAGAAAUUUCCGUUUCAGAUCUGAUUUGUUUUUUUCCCUGGUAAUCCAGAGAGAGAAGGGAAAAAAUGGGCGGUCUAGGCGGUGGCGGCGACGGCAGCAUCAGUAACGUGAACACGGGUGUUUCGGCAUCUUCGAGAAAGGUGGUUCAGAGUUUGAAAGAGAUCGUGAACUGCUCUGACUUAGAGAUCUACGCGAUGCUUGUUGAGUGCGAUAUGGAUCCUGACGAAACAGUUAAUCGUCUCCUUUCUCAAGAUACUUUUCACGAGGUGAAGAGCAAACGAGACAAGAAGAAAAAUACCAAAAUUCCAGCAGAAUCCUGGACAUGUAGCACCCCAAAUCGUGGAGCUAGAAGCAGCGGUAAUGACAGCUACAACACCGCUCGAGAUGGCGGAAACAGAUAUAACUCGAAUGAGUUGGGAAGUGUUCAAGGAGUACCUGCAAACAGAAGAGAAAACAGAACACGUAAUCAUUGGGCUGUCUCUUCUUCUUCUUCAUCUGGUGUCCUCGGGCACCAACCUCCAUCGAACAGUGAUCCUACAGACGUUGAAGUUAAGAAAGCACCAAUGGGUUCGAGUGAUGCAAUUACCUCGUCAUCGCUGCCAUCUCCUGCAUAUCAAUCCGCUUGGGCCAAUGCCAACCCUGGACAGAGAACCAUGGCUGAUAUUGUGAAAAUGGGUAGGCCUCUCUACCAGAAGAAUGUCACUGCGUCUCGUUCAUUAGAGACUCAAGAGAGUGGAAUUAAAGCUCCUUUAAAGGAUGAAUGGCCUUCAAUUGAGAAGCAAGAUCCAUCAUCAUCUCUUGUGAAGCCAUUUGCUGAAUCUAAUAUAUCCACCGACCAAUUCAGCGAGUCUCAACAUUUGAACAAGACUCAUUGGGAUGACGAAAAUCCUAUUGCUUCUCCUCCUAAUGCGGAGCAGGUUCUUCCGCCUGCUUCAGUAUCCAGCAGAAACUUGGUUGAUGGUGAUUCUAGAGAGUCCUCGGUAUAUGACGACGAAAGCAACAACAUGGAGCGACAUGCUUUUGAGGAAAAUGGAGGGGAAGAUGUUCCUGCAUCUGUUGCUACCGGUUUUCAGCAACUUACUAUAGACAAUGAUGAAGAGCAUGAAACAUCACCGAAAGAUGACAAACCUGCAGUGAUAAUCCCCAAUCACCUGCAAGUCAAUACCUCAGAAUGCUCGCACCUAAUGUUUGGUAGUUUUAGCUCUCGGAUAGGAUCUGGCCAAACUAGUGGCUUGAAUGAAACCUUGGAGGAAACACAAGAUGAGUCAUCAUUCAGACACCCCGACACUAAUUAUUAUGGAGAGGAAGAGGGACAACAACUCAUGAAUGUUACUACUGAAAAAGAACAAACAUCCUAUCAAAUCGAUUCAACGUACAAGUUUUCACCUCCUGCAGAUUAUGGAUUUGAAAACAUGCAACAAUUGAAUCCUCCAUCUGAAACAAAUCCUCAGAUGCAGAAUCUGGAUGCCUUCCCCAACGUAAUGCAGCAAGGAUAUACAAGUUCAUUACCUAACAAUCUGCUACCAUCAGGUAUUCAAGAUACAAGAGAUCAACCUGAUAUUCACUACUCGCCUUUCCAAACAAAAUACAACACUACCACUCCCUCUUCACUCAGCGGUCCAGCAAUAUCCAUGGCCGAGGCACUAAGAACCGCGAGUAUGUCUAGUCAAAACGCAAUGCCCGGUGCAGGACAACAAGCAGCAGCACUUGCUCAACACCUUGCCUUAAACCCAUAUGCUCAUCAGCCUGGGAUGCCUGUAGGUCAUUAUGGUAACUUGAUAAGCUACCCAUUCAUGCCACAAAGUUACAACCCUUACAUGCCUUUGGCUUUUCAACAAGCGUUUCCCACUGGUAACCAUCAGACUCUAGCUGCUAUGCAUCUGCAGUACAAGAAUCAGGCAACCGCUCCUCCUAUUCCGCCUCCUUCUGCCUACAGGUUUGGCGGUGGUGCUCCAUCGAGUAACAACUUCCCUUUGACUCCCACUACCUCUGCAAACUCCUACGAAGAUGUCUUGAGCUCACAGUUUAAGGACAGGAAUCACUUGGCGUUAUCACUUCAGCAGCAGAAUGAGAACUCAGCAGCAUGGCAUCAAGGACAACAAUCUAACUCGCGAGUGGUUCCAGGGAGUGGAUAUUACAGCUUCCCGGGUCAUCAGAGUCAGCAGCCUCCUGGUUUCCGUCAAGCUCAGCAACUGCAGCAGCAGCAGCAGCCGUCCCAACAACAACAACAGCAGCAUUUUGGAGGGCAUGGCUAUGCGAGUCCUUACCAUUCACAAGCUGCAAUGUCAUUAGAGCAUCUCCAUCACCAACACCAACACCAACAACAACAACAAAACGCUAGAGACGCAUCUAAACAGACCCAACAACAGUUAUGGCCCAACAACUACUGAUCUAAAUCAAAUCCCUCUCCAUGCCUUGCUUUUUCUUUGGCCCCUUACUUGGAAACAUCUCUCAUUCAUGAGCUGCGAUGGAACUAUUCUGAGGUGUGAAAAAUAGAAGUGUGUGUUUGUGGUUCAGGGUAAAAGUCUUAUAUGAAGUUUUGUG